AUGUCUUCUUCUUCUUCUUCUCGUCUUGCACUAGGGCUCCUCGCCGUCUUUUUCUUAAUCAUCUCAUUGUUCACAGCUCAAGCCACUGUCCCUGCUUCCAAGACCUUCAAAUUCAUAAACCAAGGCGAAAUUGGCCAAUACAUUGUAGAAUACGGCGCAGAUUACCGUGUCACAGAUCUCCAAACAUUUCCCUUCGCUCUCUGUUUCUACAAUACCACUCCCAAUGCCUUCACUCUUGGCCUUCGAAUGGGCAACCGUCAUUCCGAGUCAAUCAUGCGUUGGGUUUGGGAUGCCAACCGUGGAAACCCAGUUCACGAAAACGCCACUCUAACCUUCGGCACCGACGGCAAUCUCGUCCUGGCCGACGUCGACGGUAGUGUCGCGUGGCAAACCGGCACCGCCAACAAGGGUGUCGUUGGGCUAAGACUCUUCUCCAACGGCAACUUGGUAUUAUACGAUCAGAAGGGAAGGUUUGUUUGGGAAAGCUUUGAUCACCCAACUGAUACACUCUUAGUGGGCCAAUCACUUCGUCCAGGGGGACCCAACAAGCUUAUUAGUCGUCUCUCUGCCGUUGAUGGCUCAGAAGGAACUUUCAGGUUUGAAUUGGAGAAGAUACGGUGGGCCAUGUACAUGAAGAGUAAGAAUUCUGUUAAGCCCUUACUUUAUUAUCCUCACCCUAAGUUUACAUAUGAAAAGGGUGCAACGUUGACACGUUUGCGCUUCAAUAGUGAACCUGAUACGAAAGAAAACAAUGCUUUUGAUUUGAUGUUGGAGUUGGAGAUCAAUAAUGUGUCGUCCGGGAGUUCUUUCUUAGCCCGGCCAAAGUAUAACGGGACUCUUUCUAUGCUAAGAUUGGGAUAUGAUGGUAAUUUAAAUAUCUACACUUACUAUGACAAAGUUGAUUGGGGUGCAUGGGAGACCACCUUUAGUCUCUUUGAAAGGAAAGGGAGGGAGAGAGGGAGGGAGAGUGAAUGCCAGUUACCUACAAGAUGUGGGUCAUUGGGAGUUUGUGAAGAUGAUCAAUGUGUGGCUUGUCCUACUCAAAAGGGCAUGGUGGGGUGGAGCAAGAGCUGUGCAACACCUGUGUUGCCUUCUUGUAACAAGGGUAAGGGUGGGGCCAAGGUGGAUUAUUAUAAAGUUGUGGGUGUGGAGCACUUUAUGAAUGGGUAUACAGAGGGAGAUGGGCCUAUGAAGGUGGUUGAGUGUAGGGAUAAGUGUAGUAAAGAUUGUGGAUGUUUGGGUUUCUUUUACAGGGAAGAAUCCUCUAAGUGUUUGCUGGCUCCUGAGCUUGGCACUCUCGAAAAAGUCUCCAACACCACUCAUGUUGCUUUCAUUAAGUUCUCUAAAUAAGCUUCGGUUUCUUUCCCUUUUAGUUUUCUUUUGUAUUGGUUUCUUG